AUGAGUACUUUGCAAGGGACUCAACCUGAUGCGUUCUUGUGGAUCAAGUACGGUUAUGUUGCAUUAUCAUCACUUUGGGUUUAUGAAUAUGUACUUUGCAUAGCUGACUCGGUCACCUAUCUUAUCGAGUCCCCGUGGAGGCUUGGUAUGCUUACGAUUUUUCAGCCUGAUGCAUCAAACGCUCUUUGUCGUUCCUAUGAGGAAGCGAAUCUCUAUUGGGCAUCUGACACCUCAUUAGAUAUAGGGUUUUUGACGAUUUUUUUCGCUGAGUGUAUCUUCGUACUUAGAGCAUUGGCAGUAUACCACCGGGACAGAAAGUGGGUGGUGUUUAUGACCAUCUUCGUCAUCGUCCAUCUAGUGCCGAUGAUCGUCUGCUUUUACAAAUUUGCUUCAUUGCUGUCUGGAGAAUGCUCGAUCCCUGGGUUUAUCAGAUAUGUAGACACGAAGGAAAAAAUCUUAGUGUUGGUGAUGUACAUCUUACUGGCUUCUGGCGAGCUCGGCAUAUUGUUGUUUCUGUUGCAUCGCACCGUCGAUUUUCGGAGCAGUGGUUGGAAGAUCGACAACCGUCUUAAGCGUGGUCUCUUGCACCAUAAUCUACUGUACUUCGGUUGGAGCUGUGCUUUUUUUGCUGGUCUCGGUCUCACCAGUAGGAUCUCCUCGAUUCCAGCGGCACACAUAGUCGCACAGUUUGUUUAUUCCCAAUUUGGAUGUGAUGAGGAUUACUUAUUCGGCAGCAGGUAUCAUGUCGUUGUGCAAGCUCUCCUGGUCACACGAAUGCACAGGGACUUCUGGAGAUCGGACCGUGCCUUUUGUGGCAUCUCCGGAGAGGAUGUCUCUUUCGCAACAUUCAUGGUAGCAAUUCCAGAUAUUGUUUGA